AUGGCUGCAGCCGCAGCCGCCCCGGCCGUGAAGAUUGGAAUUAUUGGUGGAACUGGUCUGGACGAUCCUGACAUCUUGGAAGGAAGAACAGAAAAAUAUGUGGAUACUCCUUAUGGCAAGCCCUCAGAUGCUUUGAUAUUGGGAAAGAUAAAAAAUGUUGACUGUGUGCUUCUAGCAAGGCAUGGGAGACAUCAUACUAUUAUGCCAACAAAUGUCAACUUCCGUGCCAACAUCUGGGCAUUGAAAGAAGAGGGUUGUACUCAUAUCUUAGUAACUACCGCCUGUGGUUCAUUAAGAGAAGAAAUACAGCCUGGAGAUGUUGUUAUGAUCGACCAGUUCAUUGACAGGACUGUCAAAAGACAGAACACUUUUUACGAUGGGUGCUAUUCCAAUCUUCCAGGAGUAUGUCAUAUUCCAAUGGCUGAGCCAUUUUGCACCAAAACCAGAGAGGUUCUUAUGGAGAUUGCCAAGAAGCAUGGGAUCAAGUGCCACUCAAAGGGGACAAUGAUCACCAUUGAGGGGCCACGUUUCAGUUCUCGGGCAGAAAGCUUAAUGUUUCGUAACUGGGGGGCUGAUGUUAUCAACAUGACCACAGUUCCCGAGGUGGUUCUUGCAAGAGAAGCUGGAAUCUGCUAUGCAAGUAUUGCUAUGGCAACAGAUUAUGAUUGCUGGAAGGAGCAUGAAGAAGCCGUUUCAGUGGAUAAGGUUUUAAAGACUCUGAAAGAAAAUGCGAACAAGGCAACGAGCAUACUUCUUACUGCUAUACCUCAAAUAGGUUCCAUGGACUGGACAGAAACUCUGCAUAACAUGAAAUGUACUGUGCAGUGCUCAGUCAUGUUACCAAAACAUUAAAAGCAUGGAUGGGCUCUGAAGUUUGAAUGCUCAGAAGAAAGGAGAGGAUCAGUCUUGAACAUCUAACAGUUACAAUAUUUUGGGAAUUUGAUGUUUAGCAUGAAAGAAUACAGUAAAUGUUGCACUGGUCUAUUUCUUGUCUGCUAGUAAAGUAUCAUGGUAAAGACUGUUGAAGAACUUACCAAUAGCCUUGGAAUGUAUUGAUUGUAUGAACUGGUAGGGCAAUGGGAUAAGCAUUCCAUAACAAAUUAUCAUAUUUAAGAUCCUAGUACUUCUGUUCUUGUUUACAAACUUCAGAUGAGAAAGAGUGCUUUGUUCAUCCUUUGCUCAAUAAUAGCUCAUGGCCUGGAAGAAGGUAAGAGAUGAGGAGGGGUUAGAUUGU